AUGGGCAAAAAGGCACUCAUAUGGGGCGCUAGCGGUGUCACCGGCUGGUCAUUCGUCAACGAAAUCCUCAACGAUUACCCGGAGAAGGGAACCUGGGAUAGCGUCACGGCUUUGACAAACAGGCCGCUCAAACAAGAAGACUCGCUGUGGCCCAGAGACUCCCGUCUCCAGAUCGUAUCUGGGGUCAACCUGCUAGCCGGCCAGGAGGAUAUCGAAGCUGCUCUGAAGGAGCAUGUUAAAGAUAUUGAUAAAAUUACCCAUGUCUAUUACCUAGGCAAGUCGCUCUCUCGCCUUCACGAACGUGCGCUGAUUGGAAUAAAGCAUACAAGGCUUCCACCGAUCUCCAGCAAGAAUUCAAAGACGCAGUGACCAUGUUCAAGCAGUCAACAAUCGCACUUGAUCGUCUGAGCCCUGCCUUGGAGUUUGUGGUGCUGCAGACCGGGGCCAAAAUCUACGGCUGCCAUCUUCUGGAAAAUCAUCCUACGGAUUACAUUCACGUCCCGCUCGCGGAGAGCAUGCCGCGUCUGAAGCAGCCAUAUCACGACCUGCUCUUCUACCAUCCACAGCUUGACUGGAUCCGGGAGUACGCCAAGGAGAAGAAGUGGAAUUGGUGCGACACCAGACCCGAUAUCAUCAUUGGAUUUGUCCCAAAUCAAAAUGCCUAUUCCUUGGCGCAAUCCAUCGCACUCUUCUUGACGUUGUAUGCUGUUGUUGAGGGCACAGGUGCUGAAUGUCCCUUUCCAGGAACGCAGAAGUCUUGGGUGGUAUGAUUAGUGCGAGAGUAUGCGAUGGGCCCUGCUGAUGGCUGGUUCUAGGCAAAAUCAAUCGACAGCUCUUCGGACAUGAUUGCCAGGCAGACGAUACACCUGUCGCUCAAUCUUACAGCGGAGCCCAAAGGCGAGGCCUUCAAUGUUGCAGAUGCGAGGACAUGGUCCACGUGGAGCGAGAGGUGGCCUCAGAUCACCAAAUACUUUGGUCUGGUGGGUACUGGGCCAACAAGCACCGACAAGGCACCUCUUGAGGUCAGAAAGUAUAUCAAUGACCACAUCGAUACCUGGAGGGAUCUGGAAAAGAAGUACAAUCUCAAGCAGGGCGUUGCGGAUUCUGAUCUUACGUUUCCCGGGUUCGAGCGCUUCCUAUUGACAGAUUUCGACUUUGACCGUCAAUACGAUAUGACGAAGAUGUAUAGUACGCCGCCUGAGAAUCCUUUCGUAGAGGAGAGGAGCACAGCGGAGACCUGGGGCGGUGUAUUUGACCGAAUGAGGGAGGGCAGACUCAUUCCCAAGGACGUGAAGGUGGAAUAA